AUGAAUGCGCAGGAUGUAUCUGAUGAAUUACAAGCUUUGUUUUCCGCAGCCAUCGAAGCCACUUACCUUACACGAAACAUAGACGGCAUCGAACGCUGUGUCGAUGUUCUGAAUAGGUUGAAGUCUGCGUCUCUCUCCGUCAGCGAUAUUCAACGAUUUUCUAAGUCCAUAUUUCGGUUGGAGACUCUGAGAACUCACAAAAGCCCUAAGAUCAGUGAAGUAUCUCAGUCUUUGUUCGAUUCGUGGUUGUCCACUCUCUACGGACAAGGAAGAAGAAACCAAUCUCUAGAGCCGAAGAAGAAGACGGAGACGCUGCUUGCAAAACCGGAACCGGACAUCAAAGAGUACAAAGAUGGUAGUAGUAGUAAGGUUACAACCAAAACCUUGCUUCCUCCUCCGAGGAGAGCCGCUGCUUGCAAAAACCCUAACUCCGCGGGGGAAACAGAGGAGAUGGUGGAGUUGUUCGAAGCAGCGAAGAAAGCUGCUGACGUGGCCAACGCUAAGGGUAUUCUCUCUGGCAAAGCUGACGCGUUGAGGUGUGUUGAGGCUAUCUCGUUACUCGUGAAGAUGAACGUCACUCCGAAACCUAAUGAGCCAAGGAGGAUGAUUGAGAGGCUUCAGGUACUUACCAAGCACAAGGACCGUGCCAUAUGCAAUGCUGCAUCAGCCCUUCUUCAAAUUUGGAGGCAGAGGACCAGAGAACAAGAACGUAAAGCUGCGUCUACAAUCGAUAUGAUUCUUCACAAACCUCGUGGAGUUCAGCAGAUACACGGCCAGGGCUUCAAAAGAGAGCCUACAAAGACGAGGAAACUAGUUAUGUGA